AUGUCUUCACACGCCACAGCCCUCUCUUCCUCAUCAAAGCCUGAAGGCCAGGUGGCGGUCGCGCGAGCCAAGUACACCCGCCGCCGGGCCCGCGGAUGGGAAACGACCAAGCUCUUCCUGCGGUCCCUCUCGCUGACGCUCUUCCUCGGCAUCUUCAUCACAAACAUGACCUACCUCCCCAUUGGCAACACAAGUUCGGCGCUCGACGAGAUCUGGCCGUGGAUGACCAUAGCGGCGGCGGGGCCGGCGCUGCUCUGGGACGUCGCUGACCUCCUGACGCUCUGGGUGCGACGGGGCCGCGCCAUCGCGCCCAAGGCGCAGAUUGGCAUCGAGCUCGUGCUCACGCUGGGGGCGGGCGUCGGGGUCGGGCCUCGUCGGGUGGCAGCUCACCAUGACGGCGGCCGGGCGCUGGGCCAGGCCGUCUUCGUCGUGGCCAAGCCCAACGUCGGCUUUGGGCGGCUGGCCGUGGGCGGCGGACGCGACCGCAGCGCGACGGCCGACAGCACGAAGCAGACGGCGGCGUCGGUGACGUCGGGCACGGCGAGGGACACGGACAGCUUCGCCGGCACGGAGGCGCAGACGGACGUGACGUCCAUGACGACGCUCGUGCCGGGCCCCAGCCAGGCGGCGAGCAUCACGGCGCGACAGAGACCGCUCAUGAGGCCGCCGCCCGAGGGGUACGAGCCGGACGAGGCCGAGAUGGAGAGGCGGCGGCGGGGCGAUGCGCAGCCGCAGUUCAUGGUGGCCGAGGUCGUGGACAUGAAGUUCUCGUCCAACGUUGUCGUGAACCCCAAGGAGGGCAAAUUCCUCGUCGAAUCGUCACGGUCCCCCGGCGUUGCGGGCGAGUCAUCACGGUCACAGUUGAGGUCGGCGCCGAUGGGCGAGACGAGAGCGGACAGGCCGCGGUCUUGGGGCUGA